UUUCAACCAUGAAACGCAGAGGGAGCCGCCGGUACAGCGCGUCGCGCGGGAUGCCAUCGGAAGCCGAAGAGAACGACCAUACGCACCAGGUGCUCAUGUACGAGACGCCGAGCGAGAUGGCGGCCAAGGGCCUUCCGAGCGUCAACUCGUCCGAGGGCCUCGAUGCGCACAACAACUCGUUCAUGACCUUUCGCCACAAGGCGUCGAUCACCGCGCUCGCCAUCCUCAAGAAGACGCAGCGCCUCUGCGCCGGCACGCAAGACAACCUCAUUGUCGUCUGGGAGCUCGACGAGUUCACGCCCGCGUACUCGCUGCAAGGCCACACGCGCUCGAUCACAUGCCUCGAGAACGUACCGGGUACGCAGGUCCUCAUUUCGGCGUCCGUGGACCAGACCAUUCGCGUCUGGGACGGCGACCGCGACUUUGCCUGCGUCCAAGUGCUCACGGGCUACAAUGGCCACAUUCUCUCCAUGACGUCGACCAACGACACGCUCUUCAUGGCCUGCCAGGACACGACCGUCAAGGUCGCCAGCGUCUACGCAUCGUCGCCGAGUGCGAUCCUGGCGCCGACAACCGAGUGGCAGAGCAUGAGCAACCACCACGGCUUUGUCUACGGCAUCCGCUACAUUGCGCCCGCCGGCAAGAAACCGCUCCUCUUUACGUGCUCCAGCGACAACUCGAUCGUCGUGCUCUCGGUGUGCAGCCUCGAAGACAAGAACCGGAUCUGCUCGGGCUCGGCCGACGAGACCGUGCGCAUCUGGAACACGCAGUCGCUCGCGUGCGUGCACACGCUGCAUGGGCACCGCGGCGGCGUCUCGAGCAUUCUCAGCACCGAGAUGUUUGUCUUUAGCGCGUCCGAGGACAGCACCGUCAAGGUGUGGGACAUUGACUUCAUCUCCAACAUGCGCCCGUCUUCCAACACCACCAACUCGACCAACACCAACUCGAAUACGAACGAGAGCCAAGGACCGGCGCGACCGCAGAAGCUCAAGAUGGACUCGAGUCUCAUGAGCGUCAGCGCCAUGUACAACAAGCAGACGUCGGACGCGUCCAUGAUCCACCUCUUGCGCAAGUUUGUGAGCAUCCCGAGCGUCAGCGUCGACCCGCAGUUAGUCGAUGAUUGCUGGAUGGCCGCCAAGUUUGUCAAGGGUUUGCUGCGGCAGCUCGGCGCCGAGUGCCGACUGGUGCACUGCGGUCCGAACAUCAACCCGAUCGUGAUUGGCAAGCUUGGGAACGACCCGACCAAGCCCACAGUGCUCAUUUGCGGCCACUAUGACGUGCAGCCGGCAAGCAUGGAAGACGGCUGGGACUCGAACCCGUUCAUGCUCACGGGCCAGAACGGAUACCUCUACGGCCGCGGUACGACCGACGACAAGGGCCCGAUCAUCGCGACGCUCUUUGCGAUCCGAGAACUUAUUGCGCGGAGCCAAGGCGGUCGAGCGACCGAGACCGAGGGUGAUGCCGCUGCGUCAUCGACGAAGCGUCCGAAGCUCUCGAGUGACAUGCCCAACUUUGUGUUUUUGUACCAAGGCGAAGGCGAGAACCAAUCGCAGGGCAUUCGCGAGACGGUCGAAGACAACUUGUCGUAUUUUGGCCCGAUCGACUUGGUGUUCAUCUCCAACAACUAUUGGCUUGGCGACACGACACCGUGCUUGACGUACGGUAUGCGUGGGUGCCUCGAGAUCCAGCUCAAGGUUGACGGGCCGGGCGUCGACCUCCAUGCCGGCGUCGACGGCGGCGCGAUCCGUGAGCCCAUGUUGGAUGUCGUCUCGCUGUUGAACCGCAUCGUCGACCCGACGACCGGACGGUUUACAGAGCCAGCGUUCUACGCUGCCGUGCGCCCCGUCUCGGAGGACGAGAUCGCGCUCUUCGAGUCGCUCGAGUUUGAUGUGGACGCGUACAAGCAGACGCUUGGCGUGCCAGCGCUCCUUCCGGCCUUUGGAAGCCACGGAAAAGCGUCGUUCGUUGACGUGCUCAUGAACCGCUGGCGCUUCCCGGCCGUCUCGGUCACGUCCGUGAAAGGCUCGAUCGACAACUCGUCUAUCAUUGCCAAGUCGGCGCAGACCGAGCUCACGCUGCGGUCCGUGCCCGACCAGUCGCCGGCCGAGAUUGAGCGGCUCGUGCUCGCGCACAUUCGCGCGCAGUUUGAUUUGCUCUCGACGACCAACACCUUGUCGGUGACCGUCAAGACCAAUGUGCCCUGGUGGCUUGGCGACAUCCACAGCCGGUACUUUCGGGCGGCCGAGCAAGCGCUCGAGAAGCACUGGAAGAAGAAGCCGAUGCUCGUGCGUGAAGGCGGCAUGUCGCAGAUCACGACCUUUCUCAAGACGACGCUCAAGGCGCCGUGCAUGCAUUUCCCCAUGGGCCAAGCGUCGGACCGCGCGCACUUGCAGAACGAACGCAUCCGCCUCCGCAACCUCCGCACGGGCAAAGACGUGCUCGUCGACUUCUUCGCUGCGAUUGCCUCGAGCAAGACUUAG